CCGGAAGUAGCUGCGGUUGCCAUGUAAGAUUCCUGUCAGUGUGUGUUGUUGGUCGGAAUUCCUUCGCUCUGGUGCGAGAGCGAAGAAAAAAGUCGUCAAAAGCAGCACGGCUGGGGUGCCGCUUUCUUUUUUUCUUGAACCCUCUUCUUCCUCCCUGGAGCGUGUUCGCUUCGUUAAAAGUGUUCGAGAAUGUCGGUGGCGGGAUUGAAGAAGCAGUUUUACAAGGCGAGUCAGCUUGUCAGUGAAAAAGUGGGUGGUGCUGAAGGAACUAAACUUGAUGAAGACUUCAAGGAAAUGGAACGGCCUUCCUAUCAGGAUUUACUUCACCUAACUCAACGUAAAUUUCGCUGGAUAUCACCUUGAAAUCUGCCAUUAUUCUCCUCGUAGCUCAAGAGGUCUCCAAGUUUGAAAGUUCAAAAAAGUGGAUAUUACCAGUAAAGCUGUGGCAGAUGUCCUAACAAAAACCACAGAGUACUUGCAACCAAAUCCAGCAUCCAGAGCCAAACUAACAAUGCUGAAUACAGUAUCUAAAAUUCGUGGGCAGGUAAAAAACCCAGGUUAUCCUCAACCAGAAGGGCUUCUUGGAGAAUCUAUGAUUAAAUUUGGGAAGGAUCUUGGUGAAGAAUCAAAUUUCGGAGGGGCUCUUAUUGAUGUUGGUGAAUCAAUGAAGCGGAUGGCUGAAGUUAAAGAUUCCCUGGAUAUCGAAGUUAAACAGAACUUUAUUGAUCCAUUACAAAGUCUGUGUGAUAAAGAUUUCAAAGAAAUUCAGCAUCAUUUGAAGAAACUUGAAGGUCGUCGCCUGGACUAUGACUACAAGAAGAAACGACAGGGUAAAAUACCGGAGGAGGAGAUUAGACAAGCUUUGGAAAAAUUUGAUGAAUCCAAAGAUGUUGCAGAAACUAGCAUGUACAAUCUUUUAGAAACUGAUAUCGAGCAGGUGAGCCAGAUGUCAGCCCUGGUGGAGGCACAGCUGGAUUAUCACAGACAAGCUGUACAAAUUUUGGAAGAGCUCUCUGAUAAGUUAAAGGAGAGGAUACGUGAUGCAUCUGGCCGCCCUAAACGGGAAUACCAGCCAAAACCUAGAAGCACUUACACAGAAUAUGGAGACACAGACCAUUCCAAUGGUGGUUUCUCCUAUAGUGGGUCAACCAAAUCACAAGCCUCCUUCCGUUCUGACAAGGCCAAUAGGACACCAGCUGGUGGAUCUCCCUCUCAUCUAGAUCAACCAUGCUGCAAGGCAUUGUACGACUUUGAGCCAGAGAAUGAAGGGGAACUUGGCUUCAAGGAAGGUGAUACCAUCACUUUGACCAAUCAGAUCGAUGACAACUGGUAUGAAGGAAUGCUCCAUGGCCAAUCGGGCUUCUUUCCUGUCAACUAUGUGGAAGUGCUGGUCCCAUUACCUCAAUAAAGGUGCUGAACUGGACACUAGAUGUAGGUGUGAAGAGAAGGAGACUGUCAACAUUCCUUUAUAAUUUAAAACACUAGUCCACUUCCAGGGGUUGUUUCUCACAGUGCAGUGUUACAUUGUGUGCAAAGCAUCAUCAUUUUUUAUUUUGAGUUGACUUUAUGUUUUUUUUCUGUGUUAACUUAAGGUGCAGCUCCAGUUAAUCUGCAUGUAUUGCAGUAUGGUUGUGAGAGAUCGGCAUUUCAGUCAGUGGACCCUUUUCUUGGUCUGACCAGGUGAAAGGGCUGAAAUUUGACAUUUACCGUUUAGCAGAAAUGGCUGUGCCAGUGUUAUUGUCCCUAGUGUGGCAGUGGGUGAGAACCCUCUACUGCUCACCAAUAAGUUAGCUUCUGCUGUGGAGUCAAGUAACCUUGGGUCACAACAAAUUAAUUUUUUUUAAAGAGUAAUUUUGCUUUUUUUUUAUUGCUUUUGCUCCCCAUCCACAUUAACAUGGGGGUUAUUUUGAAGUAAUUGGGUAGGUCAUUGGGUCAUAUACCAGCCUUUCAACUCUGGCAUCUAGAUACAUAUUCAGCACAAACUGAUGGGAUGAAAGCUUCCUUUGUGUGCAGACUAAAAGAAUCCUAUUUGAAAUCAGCUUGGCCAAGUUGAAUCCAAUUUAACAUCACUCAAUUAGCAGUCUCAUUCAGACAGGCUACAGGAUGGCUGGAAUGGGAUAUUGACAAAUGUCACAUUGGUACAAUAGGUGGUACUGCCUAGGUAUUUAGUUCUUAGUGAGGUGGGGGAAUAAGAGUCAUGGCUUAACCUCACUGAGCCCAACUUUUGUGAUCAUGGGUGCUUGAAAUGGGAGGUGUUCCAUUCUGUGCACCUAGUAAUGUACUAAUAUAUCUUGAGUCUCCAAACUUCAUUGGUUGUAUUACUUUUUCUAAACCACCACUGCAUUCUGCUAGUCUGUGUUUACAUUGACUACCAACUGUGGAAGAUCCUGAGUUUAAAAUGUGCAAGAAAAAAGAAUUUUUUGUUCCUCUCUGUUUUAAGUUAGGCUUUUUACAAGAAAACCCUGUCCGCUGGUUCGUGACAGACACACCUCUAGUUAGCAAUAUAAUAUUAUGGUUCUAUUCAACCUAAUCAAUAACUUCCUUAGGAUAUGAGGGGAAACUAAGAUUUCCUUGAAUGCUGUCCUGUUGAAGACAGUGUACACAUAUUGGAUGAGAUGAGGGAUAAAACAGUAUCACAUUAGAAACAAAAACUUAUUGAUGCUCAUUGACUGGUCAGGACUGAAGUACAGUUUAGGGUUAAAUAACCUGCAGAUGUCUCAUUUUUAUGGAAGUCUACAUCACUAAGAGUUAGCACCUUGAAAGGAGGGAAAAUGGGGACUUCCAAAAUAGUUUCAACUGUCUGAAUGUUUAUUUUCCUCAAUUUUAUACCAGUUGAGGAUGUUUCAGUGUUAUUAGGAUGAACUUAAAAUAAUUUGGUUAAGAAUUUUUUAGUUACCAUUCCUGAAUUGAAUGGUGUUAGUUAUUAUUUAAAAGCUAUAAAUAAUUAGACCAACUGGUUUACAAGUAAAUAUUUAAAUAUUUCUGUGAACCUUUUUUUAUAGAGGAGAAAGCACGAAUAGAGAACAGGCAUUGAAACUAAUAAGCAAAGAGAAAUAGCUUGAACCUCCCAGCUGCUUAAUGCUUUGCCUCCAGGGGUCAUCCUCCAACAGAAGUGAAAAGCUGUAAUAUAAAUGAACAGGUCUCUGAAGAUACAGGAUGUACCUUUUGCAGAGGUUUUCUUGCAUCUGUACAUCUAUAAGCACAGGUUGGUAGAAAUACACACCUACGUAACUGUCUGGGUGCUGGCUGCCCAGGCCAGUAGUUUAAUUUGUUUGCAGGUGGGCCAAGCAGAGCCCCCUUUUCUCUCCCAUCUCUGAGCUGAAGUAGGCUACCUCCAAAUUGCUGGCCUUUUAAAACCUUUCUUUGAGGUUGGAGGGUCCAUGCAACUAAAGUGGCUGAAGUACAUUAGUAACUUUUGUACAGUUUGCACAUUGAUAAAGCUGGUGCUAUAAAUGCCAACCCACUGGUGUCAAUGUAACAGAUCUGGAAUAGUCCCAGAUCUGUAGAAUAAGUGUGACACAAUUCAGUCUUCUAGGGAAGUAAAGACUUCAAGAAUGAUCCAUUGCACAACUUCCCUGAGCCUUCAUCCAGUGCUGCUGCAUCUGACUGCUCUAUUUUUUUGAUUCAGAAAAAGCUAUGCAAAAUAACAAUUUAAAAUCCUGAUUCUUAUCUUUCAGUAUCCUUUUGGUAAAGACAUAGAUAACUGGAAAGAAUUUUGUCUUCAGUGAGACUUGAAUUAUCCCCAUUAUCAUUUUUUACAGUUUGACUUUUGGCUUUUUACAUUUAAUGAGCAAAUACAAGCUUUCAGUAACUAAUUCCUGUUUUGACCACCACGAUGUUGAAUGAUGACCUAGUACAACACGUGCUGCAUGUAUCUGGGAGGUAUUAUGUUGUAGCACUCCCAUAUUGACACUAGCUCUUUAACACUAAUCAUGAUGUACCAUGUAAUUGUCUAGUAUUUUUUGAUAGCGUUGUCAACUCAUCGUGACAUUUAGAUUUUGACCAUAUCUGUACUAAUACUUUAUGAAUUUGAUCUAUCUUUUGAUAAUUAUAAAAGCCAUGUGCUUAUAACUCAAAAUAUGUAUCUUUUUUACUGUUUAAUCCUGCAUGUAGAUUUGUUUAGUACAGUUAUAAUCUCUGUAAUGUUUUGUUCAGAUUAUGUAAAAAAAUAAACAUAAAAGCAGGUGA